AUGUCGAGCAUUCGCACUAUCACUUCACUUCGUGCCACAAGGCGGCCGUUGAUCCAAGCGCCUCUCACUUGUCUCCAGGCCCGCACCAACGUCACAGUCCCCUUCAGGCUUCCUGCAGCACGCAACGAGCCCAACCCUACUUACAAGGAGGGUUCAGAAGAGCGCAUUGAGCUUGUCAAGGAACUUAAGAGGCUCAGGUCACAGCUUCCUCUAAAAUCUGAGAUCUUCCUGAACGGCACAUCACAGCCCUCUGCUGGAUCAUGGGACCAGCCUAUCCCCGCCGAGAAGGACACCGUCUUCACCAACUACCCUCUUAUCUCCAAGGAGCAGGUCUCCGAUGCCAUCAAAUCCGCUCUUGAGGCCAAGAAGAAGUGGGAGAAGACUCUUUUUGUUGACCGUGCUGCUAUUUUCCUCAAGGCUGCGGAGCUCGUUGCGGGGAAAUACCGCUAUGAGCUGAUCGCAGCUACUAUGCUCGGCCAGGGCAAGAACAUCUGGCAAGGCGAGGUCGACGCCGCCGCUGAGUUGGCUGACUUCUUCCGCCUGAACUGCAAUUAUGCUGCUGAGAUCAUAUCUCGCCAGCCUGACCGUGGCUCUGAUGGCAUGUGGUCCCGCAUGGACUACCGCCCUGUCGAGGGUUUCGUCUACGCCGUGUCUCCUUUCAAUUUCACAGCCAUUGGAGGUAACUUGAUUGCGGGACCUGCCUUAAUGGGUAAUGUUGUCCUCUGGAAGCCUUCUCCCUCGAAUGUUUACGCCUCUACCAUCGUCUACAAGAUUUUGCUCGAAGCUGGUCUCCCCAAAGAUGUUAUCCAAUUUAUUCCCGGUGACCCAGAGGUCAUCAACGACGUUGUCUUUGCUAACCGCGACUUCGCUGGUCUCAAUUUUGUCGGUUCUUCGGACGUUUUCCGCUCCCUUUGCGCUCGCAUUGGUCAGGGCAUUGGCAAGGGUACUUACCGCGAGUUCCCCCGCAUGGUCGGUGAAACUAGCGGUAAAAACUUCACCCUCAUCCACCCUACCGGUGAUAUUCCAUCCGCCGUGAAGCACACCAUUCGUGGAUCUUUCGAGUACCAGGGGCAGAAGUGCUCUGCCACAUCCCGUCUCUACCUUCCCGAAUCCCGCUCCCAGGAAUUUCUUGACGCUUUCAUCAAGGAUGUGAACGAGAUCACCAUCGGUAAUCCCGACAAAGAUCUGUCGGCAUUCAUGGGCCCCGUUAUCCACGACCGCUCGUUCAACAAGAUCAAGAAGAUCAUCGACGAGUCAAACGCCGAUCCUUCGCUCACGCUUCUCGCCGGUGGAACAUACGACGACUCUAAGGGUUACUUCGUCAAGCCCACUGUCUACCUUUCCGACUCUCCCGACCACAAGCUUUUCAACUACGAGAUCUUCGGCCCCGUUCUUUCCAUUCACAUCUACAAGGAUACUGACUGGAAGAAAAUCCUCCAGAAGGUCGAUGGCGCUGGUGGGGGCUUCGCCCUUACCGGUUCCGUCUUCGCCAACGACCGCUCCGCUGUCCGCGAGGCUGAGGACACUCUCCGCUACUCUGCCGGUAAUUUCUACAUCAAUUGCAAGACCACCGCUGCUCUCAUCGGCCAGCAAUCGUUCGGUGGUUCCCGUGCCUCUGGUACCAACGACAAGGCUGGCUCUUCGAACCCUGUCCUCCGCUUCACCUCUCCCCGUCUGAUCAAGGAGGAGUUCUUCCCCCAGACCGAGUUCUUGUACCCCAGCAACAAGCCUGCUGAGAACAUUGAGGACGCUAAGGGUGCCUAA